AUGGCUAGUGUACAAAUAGAGUUAAAAUUUACAGGACAUGCCCUUUCUAAUAAGGAUUUGUUAUCAAAGUCAGAUCCACAAGUGUUUGUUUUCCAAAGAGUUGGUGAAUCAGAGAAUAUCUAUCAAGGUUCUACCGAGAAAAUCAAGAACAACCUUAACCCAGUAUUCCAACAUUCAGUAAAGAUUGACUAUUUCUUUGAGGUUUGCCAAAGUAUCACUGUAUUGGUUGUAGAUAUCGACGGUUCAUCAUCAAAGAAAGCAUACAAAGAUUUUGGAAAUUCUGAUAUCAUUGGUAUGACUAGAUUUAACUUGGGUCAUUUGUUAACACAACCAGGAUUGAAAGCUGUCUAUGAUCUUAACAAUCCAAAUCAAAAGUUUGCCGGAAGUAUCAUUGUUGGAGCCGAAUUCAUCAACAAGUCAUCGUUGAAGGCAUACUUUACUAUGGUCGGUACCAAGUUUGACAAGAAGGAUGUCUUUGGAAAGUCUGAUCCAUACUACAAGGUUCUCAAGUUGAAUCCGGAUGGUACCCACACCGAGGUCUACAAGAGUGAGGUCAUCAAGGAGACUCUCAAUCCAACUUGGAAAGACGAAUCGAUCUGGAUGGACGACCUCUGUAACUCUGAUCCAAACAGACCACUCCGAUUCCAAUACUACGAUUGGGAUCGUGUUGGAGACCACGAUUUAAUCGGUCAAUUCGACACCACCUGGGCUGCCAUCCUCUCGCCAUUCGAAUUCCAACUGAUCAAUCCAAAGAAGAAAUCAAGCUCUUCGUACACCAACAGUGGUACCGUCAGAUUCGAGAAUCCAUAUACCGCCCACAAGUUCAAUAUGCUCCAAUUCUUGCAAGGUGGUUUGAAAAUGGAUAUCAUGUUUGCUAUUGACUGUACUUUCUCAAACGGUGAGAUUCGUCACGAGGGAUCGUUGCAUCACGUGAAGGAGGGUGAAACCAACCACUACGAGAAGUCGCUUCUUGAGUUGGGUAGUGUGUUAAUGCCAUACAAUCCAACUCAACAGGCCUACAUGUAUGGAUACGGUGCCAGAACACCAACCGGUUCCGACAACCCAAAUGGAAGAAGAGACUUUUACGACAAGGUCGACCAUUGUUUCUUUUUCAACCGUUCUGGUAAUCCAUGUCCAAAGGGUCCAGAGCAACUGCACGAGUACUACAAAAAGAAUAUUGGCAUGUACUACUUUGAUGGACCCACCAACUUUGCUCCAAUAAUCAGACACGCCUCGAGUUAUGUCAAAGACUACUCGCAAACCAACCAAAAGUACAUGGUUUUGGUUAUCAUUACCGACGGUGACAUCACAGACAUGGAGGAAACCAAAGAGGAAAUCGCUAAAGCUUCCAAUUUACCAUUCUCCAUUGUAAUUGUUGGUGUUGGAUAUGAAAGCUUUGAUAGAAUGAAAGAAUUGGAUGCCGACAAAUAUCCAAUUAUCUCAAAGGAAACCAAUUUACCAGUCAGAGACAUCGUCCAAUUUGUACCACUUAUGAAGGUACUCAAAUCUGGAAAUAUUGCCAAGGAAACACUAAAGGAAAUUCCAAACCAAUUGGUCUCUCACUACAAAUUGGCCAACAUUGUACCAAAUCCUCCAUCCAUUUAUGUUUCACCACAAUUACAUUAA